GAAGGAUAAUAAGCGACGUGUUGACACCGUCGACCACAACACUGGGCGGCCUUGUCUUCCUCCUCCCGGGGCUCUCAACACAAUAAUAUAUAAUAUCCUCUCCUGCCAUGAUCUGUGUUUGAUGUAAAGUCAGUAUUAAGUGGAAGGUGUGUGUGAGAGGGCUGUUUACCUGGUUUAACAGUGGAUAAUGGCUUCACAACCUAACAACAGAGGGUUGGUCAUCAGGCACAGACGGACACAUUGCUGGCAAUAGUCAGAGAUCGAACUUGCUUCAGGCAAAUUCCUCAAGUUUUGGUUAUUUUAUUCCUCAAGAUUCAUCCUUUGGUAAUUUUAUAUUACCAGUUUUGCCUCGAUUAGAACCUAAGUGAAAAAGUUUAAUUCGAUCUUAACGAAUUAAUUAAUACCAGUAAAUAAUUUUAUAUUUGGAAAAUGAUGAAAUUGAAGGAAUUAGAGGCAUGGCUCCAAGAUGUUAAUGGGUUUGAAAUUCCCAAAAUACAACUGGAACAAUAUGAAACCCCCGUUCACAUUGCUGCUCGUAUGAUUCAUACAAUAGAAUCUUCAUUUGGAGAUUUAGAGGGAAAAGUUGUUGCAGAUUUGGGAUGUGGUUGCGGAGUGUUGAUGAUUGGCUGUGCCCUGUUGGAAGCAUCAGCAGUUUUUGGUUUUGAUGUCGAUAAUGAUGCUCUCAAGAUAUGUCAAAGAAAUUUGGAAGAAAUGGAGAUUAAGUCUGCUGAGAUAGUGCAAAUGGACAUCAAAGAUUUAGCAACUCCAGACUCACGAUUUUUAAAGAUGUUUGAUACUGUCGUUCUCAACCCACCAUUUGGCACCAAACGCAACCAGGGAACUGAUAUGGAAUUUCUCCGAGUUGCUCUUAGCCUUUCUAAAAGUGCAGUAUACAGCUUGCACAAGUCCGCAACGCGAGCGCACGUAACCAAGAAAGCGGCUGAUUGGGGUGUCAAGAUGCAGGUAAUAGCCCAACUCAGGUAUAAUCUUUCCAAUACAUACAAAUUUCACAAAAAGAAAUCAAUUGAUAUUGAAGUAGAUUUCAUAAGGUUUUCUCAUAAGUAAUGAUUUAUAUCGAUGCUGUACUGCACGUACAUAGUUUUUGCUUGUACAGUAGACAGUCCUGUUGAAAAUUAGUAUCCUGUAUUAGUUCAUCAAUACAAACCAACAUAAUAUUGUUUAAUAUGUUUAAAACCUAAUGGAAAAACUAUUUUAAAUAUACUGUAUUGUUUAUUAAAUUUAUACAUGUACAAAUGCAAAAUAAUUGUUUCCUUGAAUCCUAUAUGAAAUUAGUGUGUCAUACUUUAAAACUACAUAAAAUUAUAAUGAUUGUACUUUAAUCAUAUAAAACUAGGCAUGUUUAUGAUUAAGGCAAAUGACUUAAGAACAAAUUUAUCUGAAAAAACAAUCGCAUCUAAUAAAAAUAUUUUAUACUGUAUUUAAAAUGUAAAUAAAAGAUGGUAAAAAUGUAAUUUUUUCUAAGGUAAGAACAUUUUGAGUGAAACACAAUUUCAGUAGCUUAUCAGUAUUCAUUAGGUAAACAUAUUACAGUACUGUACCUGUAAUUUGACCCUCACUGUAAUUAUCCAAGUGUAGUUACAGGAUGAGAAUUGUGUUUGCAGCGUCCCAUUCUCCAAGUACACUUGUCAUUUGAUGCUUUGAAACUCCUGAUGGUUUUGGCCUCCACAACCUUAUGAUCUUGAUAAAAAAGAAACUGCAUUAGUAGUAAUACAGCACCUAUAAUAGAACCCGCCACAUUUUAAGCUGGUGUUCAAAAUUCCAAUAAGUUUUUGCAAACAUUUUCUUUUUAAUAGGUAAUAAAACUACUGUAGAUUGAU